GGCAGCGGCGGGAAGAUGGCGGAGUCUGGCGGCAGUGGCGGCGCGGGCCCGGGCCCCGAGCGCCCAAGCAGCAUGGCCAACAAGAACGGGGCCCUCAAGUGCACCUUCUCGGCGCCCGGCCACAGUGCUGACCUCCUGCAGGGCCUUGCUGCGCUGCGCGCCCAGGGUCAGCUGCUUGACGUGGCCCUCACCGUCAACACUGAGGUUUUCCAUGCACACAAGGUGGUCCUGGCCGCCUGCAGUGACUACUUCAGGGCCAUGUUCACUGGUGGCAUGCGGGAGACAGGUCAGGCAGUGGUGGAGCUGAAAGGCGUGUCAGCGCGUGGGCUGCGGCACAUUGUAGACUUCGCCUACAGUGCGGAGGUAACACUGGACCUGGACUGCGUGCAGGACGUGCUGGGCGCAGCUGUGUUCCUGCAGAUGCUGCCAGUGGUGGAGCUGUGUGAGGAGUUCCUCAAGGCGGCCAUGAGCGUGGAGACCUGCCUACACAUCGGCCACAUGGCUACCGCCUUCAGCCUCGCCUCACUGCGUGCCUCGGUGGAUGCCUUUACCUUCCGGCACUUCCUGCAGAUCUCCCAGGAAGAGGACUUCUUGCACCUGCCACUCGAGCGCCUUGUCUUCUUUCUGCAGAGCAACCGGCUGCAGAGCUGUGCCGAGAUUGACCUGUUCCACGCCGCUGUGCGCUGGCUGCAGCACGACCCUGCCCGUCGGCUGCGUGCCAGCCAGGUGCUAUGCCAUGUGCGCUUCCCACUGAUGCAGCCCUCAGAGCUGGUGGACAGUGUGCAGACGCUGGACCUCAUGGUAGAGGACGCGCUGUGCCGCCGCUACCUACUUGAGGCCUUCAACUACCAGGUGCUGCCCUUCAGGCAGCAUGAGAUGCAGUCACCACGCACGGUGGUGCGCUCAGAUGUGCCCUCACUGCUGACCUUUGGUGGCACGCCCUACACCGAUCAUGACCGCGCUGUCAGUGCUAAGGUAUACCUGCUGCCUGAGCCAGGCGCCCGCCAGUUCCGCGAGCUGGCUGAAAUGGAGGUGGGCUGCAGCCACACCUGCGUUGCCGUGCUGGACAACUUUGUGUAUGUGGCAGGUGGCCAGCAUCUACAGUACCGCAGCGGUGAGGGCGCUGUGGAUGCCUGCUACCGCUACGACCCACACCUCAACCAGUGGCUGCGGCUGCAGGCCAUGCAGGAGAGUCGCAUCCAGUUCCAGCUGAACGUGCUGGGGGGCCUGGUCUAUGCCACAGGUGGUCGCAACCGUGCUGGCAGCCUGGCUUCUGUGGAGCGCUACUGCCCACGCCGCAACGAAUGGGGCUACGCUUGCUCACUCAAACGGCGCACCUGGGGCCAUGCGGGUGCAGUGGCGGGAGGCCGGCUCUACGUGUCGGGGGGCUACGGCAUCUCAGUGGAGGACAAGAAGGCACUGCACUGCUACGACCCGGUGGCUGACCAGUGGGAGGCACGUGCACCCAUGAGUGAGCCGCGUGUGCUACAUGCCAUGGUGGGUGCUGGCGGGCGGCUGUACGCGCUGGGUGGCCGCAUGGACCACGUGGACCGCUGCUUUGAUGUCCUGGCGGUUGAGUACUAUGUGCCCGAGGCCGACCAGUGGACCAGUGUCAGUCCCAUGCGGGCUGGCCAGUCAGAGGCCGGCUGCUGCCUGCUUGAGCGCAAGAUCUACGUGGUGGGCGGCUACAACUGGCGCCUCAACAACGUGACAGGGCUUGUGCAGGUCUACAACACCGAGACUGACGAGUGGGAGCGCGAUCUGCACUUCCCAGAGUCCUUUGCCGGUGUUGCCUGCGCCACUGUCCUGCUGCCCCGUGCUGCCACUGCUCGUAGGUAGCGCUGGGGACACCCUUGUGCCCCCGGGGUCCUGCCAGCAGACCCUACAAGCGGUGAAGCUGUUUUCUACUCUCACUGUGUCCUAGGCCAUGGGGAGCUGGUGGUCUCCCCAGGGGAGCGGUGGCUGCGUACUGCCUCCCUGCUGCCUCUUCCUCCCGCGGUGGCCAUGGCCUCAUGGACUCUCAGAUGUUGAAGCCAAAGUCCAUGGUAUGCAGCCCGCCACCCCCCCAAAAGUUCUUGUGUGCAUGUGUUUUUAAAAUAAACUGAACCCAAACCUUCAGAACACACAGGCGUCCAGGGGCACCGAGAGGCUGCUUGGAGCCCCCAGGUACAAGGGGAGGAGGUAAUGGGAGCACAUUCCUGCCCAGCCCCCACCUCGGCUGUGUUUUUCCAAGUGCUGGGCCUGCCUUUUUUGAGGGCCAGUGGGGCUCUGACAGGUCCCUGCCCUGCCCUGGCUCUGCCCAGGGUUCACUCCCUGCUUUCAGAGGAAAAGACAGCAGCUCUCAGGGACUCUCAGAGGCCAGCCGUGCAGAGUUGGUGUCGAAACCUCUCGACCUUUUAAAAACUUUUUAAGAAGUGGAUAGUGCUGUCUUAUGAAUGGGAUUUGUAUUCUCUGGGGGCAGCUCAAGCUGUCUCUUGAGCUGCUCAUGCGGGAUGGAUGCCAGCUCCCUGCGACCCGCCUGCGUGUACGGAGUUAACCUCAUACCUCUGUAGACAUCGUCGCCUAAUAAUUUCCACUUAUUGAAUAAAAAUGUUACAGGGAGGAGGUUGAGCCGGACGGUGCUGA